UACAGUAAAAAAAAUGGGGUGGCCUUGAAUCGUCAGAUAAAUAUGAUUAUCAUCUCUUAUAUUGUUUAGUUACAAUAUAAAAAAGUAAGAGCGGUUUGAGAUUGAUAGUAACUUUUUUAUAUCACUGAAAGAUGCUACCAAAAGAUAUAUGUGAUCUACUAGAAGAGUCUUUAAACGAGAAGAUAGAAAAUUUUGAAAUUGAGGAACAUGAAGGCAACCAAAGAGGUCAGGGACAUUUAGGUGAAAUGGUAUUCUUGUCCUUGAAAAACAAAAUAACUGGCGAAGAUCAUCAUUUAGUGGUUAAACAAUGUCUCGAAGGUGCUGAAGAAACUAGCAAAUUUAUGUCGAUGUGUUUUAACAACGAAGUGCAUUUUUAUAAAAACGUGAUUCCAGCUGUAGAAGCGCUCCAGAAGUCUUAUCCCAAAGUUGAACUUUUUAACAAUAUACCAAAAUGUUUUGCAACGAGCUCAAAAAAAAGAGAAGAAAAAUUGGUUAUGGAAAAUUUAAAUCUACAAGGUUACAAAGGCCACCCUAAGAAAAUACCUCUAAAUAGUAAAAUGUUUGAAAUUAUUUUUAAAACAUAUGGAAAAUUUCAUGGAAUUUCCUACGCUUUUAAACAUUACCAUCCUGAGCAAUUUACCGAGUUAGGCGCACGAUAUCAAAAGAAUCUAAAAAUGUUCUUUGAGCAAGGUAUGAUGAAACAAAGACUUAUCAGUAUUUGCACCACGACAAAAGAAUUUUUAGAAGAGGAAGAUGAAAUAAAAAUUAUCGAUAGUUUUAAAAAAUUUAGUGAUAACGCUCCUCAAAUGUUUUUUGAUGCACUUGAAUAUAAAAGUCCUUACUCAGUUUUUCUCCACGGUGACUGCUGGAGUAACAAUAUGAUGUUCAAACAUAAUAAAUCGGGAGAUAUAGAAGAUAUUAAAUUAUUCGACUUCCAAAUGGCUGGCGUAGGUUCACCUGUUUUGGAUCUGACAUACAGUUUUUACUCAGGAGCUGACGAAGAAAGCUUAUCUAAGUUGGAUCAUUUCCUUGAAAUAUAUUACAAAAGCCUUAGUGAGACGUUGAAGGAGUAUGGAUGUAGUGCAGAAAAAAUUGUACCAUUUGCAGAACUAAAAAAAGAAUGGAAAGAACAGAACGCAUUUGGUGUUUUAUUGGGGUUACUGAUAUGGAAUAACAAAAACUUGGAACCAAGUGAAACUCCAGACGUUGCUAAACUAUUGGACGGAGAUUCCGAAACCGACAAUUUCAGCCAAAUAGUUCCAAAUAAGGAUUCUACAGGUUUUAAAAAAGCUAGCCUAUCAGUAAUGAGACAUUUGUACAAAAACAAGUUUUUAUAACGAACGUUUUGCAAUAUUUAUUGUCUACCUAAAAUUAUUUAUUCUAGCUUAAUAAAUUUAUUUUUAAGUG